GGAGAUUCCGCUCUCCUGCCUCUCCCAGCCCGGGCGGGGGGCGGGGGGGAGGAGGAGGCCGCGACGAGGGAGGGGAGAAGGGAGGGGAAGAGGGAGGGAGGGAGGGAGCCGAGGAAGACGCUCCGAUAACCCGUGCGUUUCGUAAGGCUCGGAGCACUUGUACAUUUCUGCAGGCGCGUAGCAAGCCAUUCGCGGCGGCUGCUGCUGCAGCUCUGACUGCAUCUUCCUCCUCCUCCUUCCUCCAGCUCCACGCGUGUGUAUUAUCGGAGUCGGAGAGUGCGCCUCGUUUCCAGAGCUCCUGGACCCCGCAAGCCGGCGAGCGCCGAGCCGGCCACCAUGCCCGGCAGACCGCGCCACUAGGCGCUCCCCGCGGCUCCCACCCGGCGGCGGCGGCCGCGAUGGUUUCCGACGCUGAAGGAUUUUGCAUCUGAUCGCUCGGCGUUUCAAAGGCAGAGGCCCCCCUCCCCCUCCCCCCUCCCUUGCCGUCUUUGUUUCCUUCCCCCCCUGCUCUCCCCACUCCCCCCACCCCACCCCCCUCUCCUCUCCUCCUCCUCCUCUUUUUUAGAAGCAGCGAUCGGAGAUGGAUGUCUCUCUUUGCCCAGCCAAGUGUAGUUUCUGGCGGAUUUUCUUGCUGGGAAGCGUCUGGCUGGACUAUGUGGGCUCGGUGCUGGCUUGCCCUGCAAAUUGUGUCUGCAGCAAGACUGAGAUCAAUUGCCGGCGGCCGGACGAUGGGAACCUCUUUCCCCUCCUGGAAGGGCAGGAUUCAGGCAACAGCAAUGGGAACACCAGCAUCAACAUCACGGACAUCUCAAGGAAUAUCACUUCCAUACACAUAGAGAACUGGCGAGGCCUGCACACGCUCAACGCUGUGGACAUGGAGCUCUACACGGGACUCCAGAAGCUGACCAUCAAGAACUCUGGACUCCGGAACAUUCAGCCCAGAGCCUUCGCCAAGAACCCCCACUUGCGUUAUAUAAACUUGUCAAGUAACCGGCUCACCACGCUCUCCUGGCAGCUCUUCCAGACGCUGAGUCUUCGGGAAUUGAGACUGGAGCAGAACUUCUUCAACUGCAGCUGCGACAUCCGCUGGAUGCAGCUGUGGCAGGAGCAGGGGGAGGCCCGGCUGGACAGCCAGAGUCUUUACUGCAUCAGUGCUGAUGGCUCCCAACUCCCCCUCUUCCGCAUGAACAUCAGUCAGUGCGAUCUCCCUGAGAUCAGCGUGAGCCACGUCAACCUGACCGUCCGAGAAGGAGACAAUGCUGUGAUCACUUGCAAUGGCUCUGGUUCCCCCUUGCCUGAUGUGGACUGGAUAGUCACUGGGCUGCAGUCCAUCAACACCCACCAGACCAAUCUGAACUGGACUAAUGUACACGCUAUCAACUUGACCCUGGUGAAUGUGACGAGCGAGGACAACGGCUUCACCCUGACGUGCAUUGCGGAGAACGUGGUGGGCAUGAGCAAUGCCAGCGUUGCUCUCACUGUCUACUACCCUCCCCGCGUGGUGAGCCUGGUGGAGCCCGAGGUACGCCUGGAGCAUUGCAUUGAGUUUGUGGUGCGUGGCAACCCAACCCCCACACUGCACUGGCUGUACAAUGGGCAGCCUCUGAGGGAGUCCAAGAUCAUUCACAUGGACUACUACCAGGAGGGUGAGGUCUCCGAGGGCUGCCUGCUCUUCAACAAGCCCACCCACUACAACAAUGGCAACUACACCCUCAUUGCUAAGAAUGCCCUGGGCACAGCCAACCAGACCAUCAAUGGCCACUUCCUGAAGGAGCCCUUUCCAGAGAGCACAGAUUUCUUUGACUUUGAGUCUGAUGUGAGCCCCACCCCCCCUGUCACUGUGACCCACAAACCAGAGGAAGACACUUUUGGGGUAUCCAUAGCGGUCGGCCUUGCUGCCUUUGCCUGCGUCCUUCUGGUGGUUCUCUUCAUCAUGAUCAACAAGUAUGGUCGCCGGUCCAAAUUUGGAAUGAAGGGUCCUGUGGCUGUCAUCAGUGGUGAGGAGGACUCAGCCAGCCCACUGCACCACAUCAACCAUGGCAUCACCACACCUUCAUCGCUGGACGCUGGGCCAGACACAGUGGUCAUUGGCAUGACCCGCAUCCCAGUCAUUGAGAACCCCCAGUACUUCCGCCAAGGACACAAUUGCCACAAGCCAGAUACAUAUGUCCAGCACAUCAAGAGGAGAGACAUCGUGUUGAAGAGAGAACUGGGUGAGGGAGCCUUUGGAAAGGUCUUCCUGGCUGAGUGUUACAAUUUAAGCCCCACCAAAGACAAGAUGCUCGUGGCAGUAAAGGCCCUGAAGGAUCCUACCUUGGCUGCCAGGAAGGACUUCCAGAGGGAGGCGGAGCUGCUCACAAACCUGCAGCAUGAACAUAUUGUCAAGUUCUAUGGGGUGUGUGGUGACGGGGACCCACUCAUCAUGGUCUUUGAAUACAUGAAGCAUGGAGACCUUAACAAGUUCCUCAGGGCCCAUGGGCCAGAUGCGAUGAUCCUCGUGGAUGGGCAGCCACGCCAGACCAAGGGGGAGCUAGGGCUCUCACAGAUGCUCCACAUCGCCAGUCAGAUCGCCUCGGGCAUGGUGUACCUGGCCUCGCAGCACUUCGUGCACCGGGACCUGGCCACUAGGAAUUGCCUGGUUGGAGCCAACCUACUGGUGAAGAUUGGUGAUUUUGGCAUGUCCAGGGAUGUUUACAGUACUGAUUACUACAGGGUGGGAGGACACACCAUGCUCCCCAUCCGCUGGAUGCCUCCUGAAAGCAUCAUGUACCGGAAGUUCACCACGGAGAGUGAUGUGUGGAGCUUUGGGGUUAUCCUGUGGGAGAUCUUUACCUAUGGGAAGCAACCAUGGUUCCAGCUCUCCAACACAGAGGUCAUUGAGUGCAUCACCCAAGGCCGCGUCUUGGAGAGACCCCGAGUCUGCCCAAAAGAGGUAUAUGACGUCAUGCUGGGGUGCUGGCAGAGGGAGCCUCAACAGCGGCUGAAUAUUAAGGAUAUCUUCAAAAUCCUCCAGGCUUUGGGGAAGGCCACCCCAAUCUACCUGGACAUCCUCGGCUAGUAGGACUGGUGGCCAAGCAUUUAUACUCUGUUGCCUCCUCUCUCCCUGCCUCAUAUCCACUUUCUCCUCAUCUCAACUCCUUUCUUCCAUCUUUGACUGAAAUGAACAUCUUCAUAUAAAUUCAAGUGCCUGCUACACAUACAACACUGAAUUUAAAAAAAACAAAAGAAAGAAACCCUGUAAGGCAGUUUGACAUAUAUAUUUAUAUAUAUACAUAACUAUCUAUCUAUCUAUAUCUACAAAAAAUUACCUUCUCUAAUACAUAGAGACGCUGCUGAUACAGAAAACCAUAAGACAUUAACAACUGAGAAACAUUUUAAAUAUUAUUAUUAACACAAAUGAAAUUCCCUUGACUUAAGCUGUGGCCAUGCUUCUUCAGCUCUGACUUUCCAGAGCUCUCCGUCUUGACCGGCAGAGAGGGAGGAUGGGAGGAAGGCAUGAUGACGCACAAUCAUCCAUGCGCAUGCGCGACCCAUUGGCAGGGCUUGGCAAGGAAACAAUUCUGGAAGUCCAGGCCCUUUGGAAACAUCUCCGGCCUGCCUUGACCUUCGCCUCCACUCUCCUCCCCUUUUCCUCUUUGGGGGCAGUUUUCUAAUUUUUUUCCAUUCUACAAAUAUAUAGUCCUGAUGCUUUUGGGAAUCAGCGAUGACACCUACGAGUAACUACUGAACAAAAGCCAACACCAGAUCCUAAGAGAGCAAAGCCAUCCACGGCCCGGUUAAACGCCGAGCAAGUCAGUGCUGGGGGGACUCCGGGAAGAGCAAACCCCAGCCUUCUGGAUGUAAAUCACGCUCAAGUUCCUUACUGGGUUUGAAGAGCUUCGAUCCUCUGAACCUGAAGAACUGGAUUUAAAUUGGUGUAUUUAAAGACUCGAACCAAGGAAGUAAAAACAGCUGAGAAUCCUAUCAAGGCACCACUACUCAUCUUUCCACCACUGGGAAGACUCUUUGGCCUGUCCUUGCCUUUUCAGGCCCUUGGGGAGUUGGGAGGUUUAGAGUCUGCGUUCUCUGGGGUCAUCUCUUCAUGUGGACACAGAGGCUUCGGGGCUCUGGGAUUUGCUUAUUUGCUUGUAGAUCAUAAUUAGGCGUCCCCGUGGGUCUUAUUUUCUUAUCUCGCUUUCCCCACAUCCCGAGGUUCUCUCGAGUCCUGGGUAAACCCCAUUGCCAGGGAAGGAAUCCAGCCGAGAGCCUGAGGCAUGUGUGUUUCGAGGAGCCAGACACUGGCAUUGGCAAAAGCCAGCAGAGAAUCUACUUGGCACCUGCGUUGGGCCCUUGGCAUUCUCCUCACGUUUUAAGCCCUUGGAAGGAUUGAUGCAUCUGCCUUUGAGCUGUUGCGAAAAAAGGCAGGGACUGAGAAAUGGCUCUGUGGGCUGGGUGCGUGUUGGGGGGGCGAGGGGAGGGGGCAGGGUGGUGACUGAAGCUUCUCUGGAAGCUGUUCAAUGAAUGAGUGGCCAGUGCCGCAAUUUUGCCAUCCUAAUGAGGACCAAGUGCUGACCAGGAAGUGAGAAUGAAGCAUCUGGUCUGGGGCCUGUCCCCUAAGCCCCCAGCUCCAGGGAGAAUCGCUGCCUUCCCAACUGUGUUGCUGAGGAUGGCAAAAGAGGCAGGCGAUCUCUGGACAGCUCUCACACAGAAUGAAACGCCCCCAGGAGCCGCACCGAGCCAUCUUGCUGGGGAGGAGGGGAUGUGCCCCUCCUAGGGUACCCGUCUCUCCACCUCAUCCCAAGCACAGAACUACCUAACAGACAUUUUCUUACCAGAAGCUCCCAGGAACCGCCGAGAUACCGUUCCUUGCCAGCUGAAAAACUCUGCAGCCUAGAUAUCCCGACCAGUCAAAGGCAGCUGAAGUAUGGGCAACUCCAUGGCGGGUUUAGGACUGGAUUACGUGUUUGUGAUUUUACUUUUCUUUUCUUUUUUAAAUACCAACAAAUGUUUUUUAUUCAACUAGAAAAGAGCUGUGCUCAGAUUGUAGCCAUGGUUGGGAUUCAGGGAUGAGCAAGCCUGCUCAGCUGGACUGGGGAGAGAGCUGGGUCAACUAGGAAUUCAAUGUGGAACUUCUUAUUCCACUGGGUGCCCAGCCCCUGAAGUUGUCAGGGAGAGGCUCUUUGGAUUGAUCCCUUCAAAAAAGAACCCUUUGCUGUCCUGUGGCAAUGACUUCUCUUAUUACGCCUUGAUUCAGUCCACCUGAGGCCUUGGUCUCUGCUGGGGAUGUGAGCGCUGGGUGGUAGUUUCGAUCCCAGUUUUUAUCCUGUAGCCAAAGGGGAGACAUUCCCAGCAAGGGAUGACUGGGGGUGGGAGCUGAGGAGAAAGGGAUUCCUAGUUAGAGGGAUGCUCCGUGGUGAGCAGGGGUUGCUGGAAGAAGUGGAGGUCUGGUGUUUAGAGCCUGUGUGGAAAAGCUGGGAGAAAUGACAAGGCGGAAGUUGAUCGAGGGUCCUUGUGCUACUUCCGGGAGCUUCCGCACUGGCAGCCGGGGUACCUCCUCUCCACAUCCUCCACUAUCAGCCGCCUGUGUGUCAGUAAGUGAGAGAAGGGGCAGUGGAGUUAGGAGGGGUGCAGAACGGGGUCAACCUUCUUCCUAUCCCGGCGACCUCUCUGUGUCCAGGAGAUUUUCCAUGGGAACCUUGGAAGGUGGAGAAAGGGCUUGCGGCUGCUUCCGAGGGUAAGGACACGCAGAACAGGCUUUGGAUAGUGACGGCUCUGGGGUGUGCAGAGCGUCUUACUCCUCUGUGCCGGCACAGAACGCAUACGACUCACUUCACUGUGCCAUGUUUUCCUUAUGUGGAGAGUAAGGGGGGGGGCCUGGUUAUGCCCCCAUCCUAUUCUAGCUCUCAAUCUUUAGCUCCUAACAGCACGGAAUCACUGUGCCAUUUUUUCCUCUUAGCAUCGCUCUGGAAUGCCUAGAAAAUCCUCCUUUGGCCUAGUGCGAGCAGAAGGCAGUUGUCUCUGAGGACGCACUGUACUUGGGCUGAGGUUGGUUCCAGCAAGUCAGUCUGAUCCUCCUCUUCCUCCCUUGUCAAAACAUGCAUGAGUCUAAAGUGUCUGAGACUACUUUAGCUUGGGGUGGAGGGGACAUUCUCUCAUUCCCCACCCCAGCCUUCCCCUAUACCAGAAAAUUGUUAUUGAUGGUUUAUUUAUUUAUUUAUUAUUUAUUUAUUUUUAAAGAGUCUAAUGUGGUCUGAUGAGUCUAGAAUUGACAUCCCAUAAGCCCAUGUAGCUGCUGCCACCUGCUCCAUCCUGCUUCCUACUUAAAUGCGUCUACCCCAUGCCAAAUUGAUUUAGUACUUAGCUUGAAGUCAACUGCACUGUGAAUGCUCAUGAAUGGUCCGGGGAACCCAUGCUUUAUCUCUGUGCCCUGCCCUGCUACCUGGACCUCCCCUUAACGGACAAAGAAUGACGUGGCUAUCCACUGUAGAGUUGGGAGUCAUGGCCACGGUUCCUUUUAGUUAUGUGCUCUGGCCAAGAGCCUGAUGCUCCUUUCUGAUUUCAUCUCUGACUAGGAGCGGUUGCCAAGGGGCACUCAGCCUUCACUAGCCAAUAGACAAAGGACUUGGGCCCUUCCUCCACUCAGCAGAGCAUGCACACAUUAUUCCCAGAGACAACUUUUCGCCGGAGGCGAAGAUCCCUCCAUUUUCCCAGGCUUGAGGUGAACAGUGUCGUUCACCUCUGGUGAUGCUUACCUUGUGGAACACACUAGUGCAAGUACUUCUGGUGCUAAACACUAUAUAAAUCAGUACCAAUGGAAGAGCUUUACAGCAGAAGUGAGGAUGAGUGAGCCCUGCCGGAAGAGCACUCAGACAGUGGAAAGACCACUGAGAACCCUGCCUUCGUGCUUGGCUAACCCAUGUGAUUGUGGCUAAGUCAACAUUUAAUUAUCACUCUCCUCCCCUCCCCCUCCCCGAGAUAUACAGAGUUAGAACAGAUGGGCCCUUAGAAUCUACUUCAGUUUGAAAGGCUCUUUUGAGUCCCAUCUACUCCUUAUUCUCUAAGGUUGUUUGCUAGGAAUGAGAGAUGAAAUGAAAGGCGAGGAGGGAAAGGCAGAAAAGUUGCUCUUGACAAAACUGACCAUAAGGGAAAGUAGAGAAUAUUUUGUGCCUGGUAUGUUUGAAGGACACUGGUGCAGGAUCUAGGCACACCAGUCAGGAAGUUGAAGUUUGUCUUCUUCAGGAGAAGCUGUGCUUCUCUUCCAGCCUUCUUCCUGACUUCAUGUGUCCAUAUUUCAAGUCGGAAAUAGGGAGACAGUCCCAUCCACCUCCCGUAAAAAGAAAGUAGUAAUCUGGAAUCUGGGUCAGAAACCAAGAGAUUUUUUUUUUUUUGCACGUACAUACUUUCUUCCCAUUCUUUUAUAUCAAGAAUAAGGCUGGUGGGAUACUUGUUUCCAAAAGCAGCAGUAAAAUCUUUAUACUUACCUGAGAGUUUUUGCAAUCUCUGAAAGGGGAGCAUAGAAAUAUUUGUGGAUGAUGAGCCAGUGAAAUCAGAUUCCAGCAGUCCCAGGAGCCACCCUCGAGCAUCUCCACAGUGUCUAGUGUGCAUCUCCACAGUGUCUAGUGUCUGCUAUGGUUGGGCACCAACCUGCUAAAGUGCAUAAGGAGUUUACCUCAAAAAAAAAAAAGUCACCGUGAGCUAAGACCUUGUGAGCUGUAUGAUUUUAUUUCUUUAAGAUUCCCAUUAUUUGGUACCAAGUAAUGUUUCAACUAGUACUUACCAGGGCUGGAAGGGGAAUCAGUGUGGACUUCAGAACCUGUUUGGGCAUUGUUCGAAUAUCACCAAGAAAACAUUCCUUUUCAGCUUUAGUCACAUGCAUGUCAUGCACCCUAACGACCCAUUUGAUGGUGAUAGAGUCAGAGAAGUCUCCCUGGAAUCAGCAAACCACUUGCAGGUUGGGAUUCUCUUUGGCACUGUGUGUUUCUUUUGGAAGGGACCUGCAGAGAUACUCAGAAAGGUCCCAAAGUGAAGUUGGUCAUCCCCAAGUUUGCUCAUCUUCUGCUCCCCACACUAAAUUGUGUUAACAGUAACAUCUGAGCAUCUCAAAUAUCAGCCCUCCUGGUUUUCUGAUAGUUCACCAUGCCUUUCCACUUAUGUGUUGUUUGGGAUUUAGUACUGGAGAUGCCAGCAAGGCAGAUAAAGCCUCUCCCAGGAGGGUCAGACAAGAGACGACCUGAGAGGAUGGAGUCUGUCAUGCUCUCUGAUAGGCACGGGUAAUGGUGGUGGAGGUAGUGACUCUUUGCGUCAGUGCACAGGGACUUGCAUCUUGGCUUUUGAACAGGACUUCUGUUUGUCUGAUGCAUUCUCUCCAAACACUGUGUGUGCGUGCAUGCACGUGCGCAGUCCAUGCAACAAGUUUCUGAUGUGCCAACUGAGGCUCCUUUCUGUGAGAUCUGCAGAGGUAUGGGCUCCACUUGAGAGAACUUGGAAUUCCUCUUUCCUUUCCUUUCCUUUCCUUUCCUUUCCUUUCCUUUCCUUUCCUUUCCUUUCCUUUCCUUUCCUUUCCUUUCCUUUCCUUUCCUUUCCUUCUUGUUAGCAAUAUUAAAUUGCAUAAAACCAUGGGUUUCCUUAUGACACUUUCAAUAUGUGAGUACCGGAUUCCUCUCCAUAGGCAGAGAAUUCAGAUUGCCCUUCCUGUGGGCAGCUAGGUUCCAACUUUUAAACCAGGACCGAUUUGACAUUUGCCAUAAGAAUUAUGUCUUAAACCAGCAAGCAAAGUUCCCUCUUUAGUAAGAACAUAAAUUCUAUUAAUGAUUUUUCCCCUAAAUCAUCCAGGUAUUUAUUGGAUCUCCAAGCACAGAGUUCUCAAGAGAAAUUUAAAGUCCUCAAAGUAGAUGUUUCUUAUAGAAGGUGAAUUGUGAUAACACAGAAGACAAGGAGCCUACGGAACUCCUACUUCUGAGGAGCUCCCAGGCAUUUAGGUACGGCUUUCGUUUAGUAUCUCUGAGAGGAUUCAGUUUCUUCUCAUUUUAGGCAGUCAAGGAUUCAGACCUCUUUCCUGCAAUAGGAAAGGUAGUGUGGGCACACAGCUCCGCACUGUGUAGUCUAGCAUUCCUUUGGAUCCCCUCAAAGGAGUGAGAAAUCACACACUCAAAUCCAAAUCUGGUAUCUAUCAUUUCAUUUAAGAAGCAUUUAUGGGAGUGUUCCUUUAAAAAGAAACUAAGUUUUUAUACUAUCUGGAGUAGUAGGACCUAUUCAGUUUCUCCCAUUGGAGAUUAGCCCAUGUUCUGUCUCUAUUUCAAAGCUGCCUGACGCUUACCUGGUACCCUUGAAGCUACUUCUGGACAGGAAGAAAAAGCCUGAUCCAGGUAGCUUGAUUUCUGCAACCCACAGUAGAGGAGUACGUUUCAGUCAAGAUUUUCUUCUUUCUGCUUUUUCAUUUCCCCCUUUUUUUCUUGGUUCACAUUCUCUGGUUUCUGUGGGAUGGAGGAUCUGGCAUCUGAAACUCUGUGAAAGUCUUAAUAAGAGGUGAAUCCCAGGACCACAAACAGUUUGGACUUCAAACAGUGAGAAAAUUGGCGCUGAAUGAUUCGGCACACAAAGCAGAAAACUUUCAUUUCCUGCAGGCAGGAUGGAAUUGACUGUUAUAUUAAGACUUCUGAAGGAGCCCUGCCCUGGAGUAAUUUCAGUGCUGUCAGACAAUGUUGACAUCUAGAUUAACCUCUGUUCAGUGGAUUUGACCGUGCAGCUCAUUGAGAUGCAUGUGGCGUGUCCCUGUAAAUCCCAUCUGAAACCCUCGGUGGCCCACCCACAGCCACCCCCUUUCCUGUCUCCGCCUACUGAUCUCACAGUCCAUGAACUUUUAGCUUAUGGGAGCAAAGGCACUGAUGCUGGGGUCUGACCCUCAGAGAGGGAGUUUUGACCUUUCUGAGUCCUGUUUGCUGCUUGGUCAGAGUGACAGUGCUUGUCACUGUAUUGGCUUUUCCCCAGAGGAGACUGCAAAUCAAGGCAUGAAAGCCGCUCCACCGAUGAUGAACAGUUUUAUGGCCAAUCUCAAAGUAAAAUGGUCUGCAGAGGAGUCAAGGGCCCAGAGUUGGUCCCUAAGUGUGCCUCCAGUCUUUCAGCUUUUAAGAAAACAGCAGACGCAAACAAGGUCAUGACUGCAGAUGAGGUGGGUGGGAUCUGAUGGCUGGAAGGGCUUGUCCUCUAUACAGGUGCUUCCUCUGGACCUUUUAAUAAAGGCAGUGCAGGCUUCUACUCACUCGGCUGGGAUAGUGCUUUCUAGGACAUGGUAUGAUGCCAUACUGAGAUCCCAUAGUCAGAUGAAACCUUUCGUGGAAGAUGGCCCACACCAAAAGCACAUACAUGCAUCUCAUGCAUCAAAAAUUCUGAAAAGGGACCUUCAGCUUGGCCCCAGCUACCUCCAGAUUCUGCAAAGCUACUCAACAUAAUCCCAGGCAUUUCUGAAAACACGGAUCAGGAUUUGUGAAUUGACCCUGCCCAAAUCUGAAGAACAAAUUUCUCUGCCGAGUUGUUGAAUCUGACUCUCCUUCAAAUUAUUUUUCCUUCUUUGCUUCUUUAGUAGCAGGAGUCUCUUUGUAUAUUCUCAGAUAUUUCUUUAGGAGAAUUGAAAGUUCUGAGUCAAGGACAUUGUGUUUAUUGACUAAGAAAAUAGAUUUCUGGGCUGAGUGAUGCAACAGCUACACAGAGGGAAUCUUGAUGACUUUAUUUAAAAGCAAUGAUCAGAGUUGUGGCUUUUUCCUGCCUUCUCAAACCGAUAGAGAACAAAUCAUAUUCAUCUUUAUGUUAUUUAUGACGUUUAUUCACUUCCACAUAUGAGCAAGUGCAUGCUUGCAAAUGCCUGCAUAGUUCUAUUGCAUAGAGACCCCAUUUGUGUUGCUCUCAUUGAUCUCAGCAUGUGUGCACAAAUGAACGCAGCACACGGGUGCUUUUCUUUACUGUAGCUCAUCAUUGUUUAUAUUAGCAUACAAUGAUUUUCCAUACGAUGAGGUUGUUUUAUUUUUUAUUUUACAAACUUGAGGCUCCUUUGAUGGCAAAAGAAAACACCCAAGUUCUGAAAUUUUUCAUAUAUAAAGGUAGGCCUCCUCCCUGUCAUUUUUUUCAAGAUUAAAAAAAAAUCAACCAGACUGAGCCUUGAUUCUGAUUUUCUGUAAUUAAUUUUCUGGGGAAAGGGGUAUCAGAUUCAUCAUAAAUAUUAUGUGUAAAGGUUAAGCAAUUACUGGCUCAGUCACUGGAUAUAAAACUCAUGUGUUCUAAUUGAACCAGGUGGCAUGAAGUCCUUGGGACACGGAAGAGAGCUGAGUUAGAAGCUGGAUGGUAGGGUGCUUGGCUUGGCGGCUGAGUGAAUAUCAGCUCUUGACGAGCAGUAGGCAACCAAGCUGCAGGUUGUGUUCUCUCUCAAUCAGCAGUGAUGGGGAAAGCUCCUCUGUUCUAAGCUGUUGCUCAGAUUAGUUCCUGGUGUAGUAUGUCAUAGCAGGUAUUCCCCGGGAGCAUGUUUGCAGACAUCCCACUCCAAAGGGCCAGAGGCGUUUGCUCCAUAUAUAUGCUCAGUUUCUCAUUCCCACUUUCUCUGAAUUCCAAAUCUUAUCUGUUCCCAGUUCCCUACCUCACUGACCUCUUCCAGACUUUAGGAGCUCUAGGCAUCUGAGGAAAUUCUAGGCGUCUCAUCUUCUUAGCCUGAACAUGUUGUGAUUUAGUCUGGGUUUCUGCGGAAGGAAGCAAACUGCUCUCCCAGCCAUCCAUCCAUCAGCCUCUUUCCAGCUCCGUGGACCAAAUGAUUAGUGCUCAUUAGCGCUUUAUCAGUUGCCUUUGCGCGGAGACUCCAGUACAACGGGCCUAUUACAAGGCCCCCGUCUGUCUUUUUGCAGUCAUCUCCUCCUUCUGGGUUGGUUAGGAAAGGCAAGCCUUCCUACAAACAUGUUCUCCUUCACAUUUCUGUCUUGUUUCCUGGCUGCUAAACAUCCUGGUAAAUGGCAACGUACAGUUUUCCUUUUUUUUUUCUUUCUCUAGUCUACUGUGAGUGGGAGGCCAUGCCUAUUCAUGGACCAGAGCUCUGUGUGUCAGCCAACGUUUAUCCAUCCUUGGAACAUUUAAAAGGGCGACUCUCAGAUUUGGUGUGGUGGCUCUAAACAGGGUUGUACCUUAAGAAACAAACUGGAUUGACAAACCGUGUGAUGGUGAUCGAGAGGUCAGCUGAGGGUCUGAGAGGCCAGUCCUUCUAUUCCAAAGCCAUUUGACAUCAGCAGAAGCUAUGACUGUACCAGCAACUGUUCUUACAGUCACAAACAUCCUCAUUCACUAGUCACAAUAAAGCCACUGUGUCUGACACAACCACUUAUUUAUUUAAUUAUUUUCAUUAGCUGGAGAGAUUCUAAGAGCACUGGCUACAGUUCCGGAUGAGCUGGAGUCGAGUCCCAGCACCCGCAUGGGCACUCACCACCAUCUGUAAAUCCGGUUCCAGGGGAUCUGACGCCCUCUUCUGGCCUCCACAGGCAUCAGGCAUACACGUAGGCAAAACACUCACACACUUUAAGAACCAUCAUUUUCCUCUCAUAACUCUAGGCAGUUUAAGCAUGCUUUUUCUUGGUUUCUACUAAUAUCUUCGUUGUGAUUCCCAGGUUUUUAAUUGUUUUAUCUGCAUUUCCUUAGGAAAGAGUUGGUCUCUUUUGAGUUAUCUCUAUGAAGAAAUGUCAAGACAGAUGGAAAGGGGGGGGAGAGCAAUGGAACUGAAAGGUAGAGGUCAUAAGACUCCUUCUUUCUUUCUGAUCAGCCUCUUCCUCUGUAAAAGUUCUGCUAACAGCCCCUGCCAUUCACCGAGGAUUGCCAUGAGCAAUAGUCAGUCCUCAGUGAAGGCCCCAUGGCUGGGAAAGCCCACUCUUUGGACAGCAGGUGCUCUCAUGGUGUUGAAACAUUUGACUUGUACUGUGUUUGAGGUGCACCUUCCUUGUUCCCUCCUGAGGUUGGUUUCUAGAGAGUUAGUUAUUAACCUUUUUCCCACUUUGAAUCGCCAGCGCAUACACAGUAAUGGAAAAUACCUCGUAAUUCUACCAGAAGAAAGGGAUUUUUUUUUUUUUACCCACUUAGCAGGGGUGAGUUGUAGAUUUCAUUUUCUGGCAUGGAACCCUGGACAUCUUGAAGCCAAAAUAGCAUCUCCUCUGCUUUAACUCCUUACCAACUCCUUGCUGAUUUGAAGAGGUGAUGUGGAUUCAGGAUAAUGCCUAAGAAAGUAAGGUUGCUUGAUUUAAACUGGAUACUAAAACUGAUCUUGCAGGGAGAUUGAAAGUGAUAAUGAUUUUGAACCUUGCUAGGGACCGUGGUCCCCACAAGGGAAAGGUGGGGAUAAUCAGAAGAUGGAGGAAGCGAUCCCAGUGAAGACCAAAUUCCAGGCCUCAUUUUCAAUGUCCCAGAGCACAAUAGAGAUGUUCCAGAGGGACUCCUGCUGAGCGACGUGUCUGGCUGAAAAUGAAACCCUAGACAACAAAUCAUGGGGCCAGAUUGCCAAGGUUACAGCAGUGAAGUCAUUUACAGUCUCUAAAAAAACUGCCCCAGGUGUCUGUGAUGCCAAGUGCUAUUUUAAGUCCCUUGCCACAAAGACUACUUGGAAAGUGAAAUCUUUCAAAUGUUAUUUCCCUUCAAUUUUCAAGUAGCCAUCAGGUGUGAUAUGUCUGACAAAAUGUUGUCUGUGUGUUGUGAAAGGAUGCUGACCACUCAUGAGAAAAAAGCAGAAUGAAGCCGAGUACCAAGCAUCCUGAGAAACUCAUAGUGUUUCACGGAAGCUCGGAUGCUCACAGCUUCUCUUUUCUUUUGACCUUGGGCUCGUUGUUUGCUUUUCUGGAUGCAGGAAAGCAGCACUUUUCCCCUAGACUUCUGUCUGAGUGAUCUGAGUGAUUUUUUUUCCCGCCAUUGUCUGUCCGGAAGAAAGCAUUCCAACUUUCUUUGAAAUGAGAAUCCAAAUUGGGAUAUACUUGUAAAUUGUGGUGUGAAAUUGAAGGAGGCCAAGUGAUUUGUAGUGGUAUUUCUUAAUUCUCUCAGAUAAUCUUGAGGACACGGGCUCUUCUGAGCUUUGCUUGAGCCUGCUUGGAACAAGUAGUUUCACAGUGUUGACUUCCUCUAGACACAACUGAUAAAUUAAAGAUCUCAGAGGUAUCGUGUGAGAAGUGAAUUGAUGAACAUGGAAAGUUUGAGCUAUCUACUAACAGGAACAGGAACUUACUUUAAUGAUUGUUUUCAUUCCCUUCUCCUGAAAGUUUAGUCUUUUGGGGGGCCAUUGGGAUAUUUCUUUUCCAAGGCUAGCGAAGAUUGAUUAUAGUUCAUGCCUAAAAGCAAAGGCUCUCUUGAGCCCGUUGGGGUUGGAGGUAACCCCAAAUGGCCCAUGUUAUUUUCUAUACCAGCACCACAGCAACAGGAGUCUUCUUGAUUAUGCGUUUGGACCCUGGUGGUUUGGCACAAGAGAUUUGUCAAAUUAAAAAGAAAAGAAAGCGAGUUUGGGCAAGAAAAUUCUGACUAAAUAUGAAAGACCAAAAAAAAAAAAAAAAAAGUCAGUGUUGUUCUGCCAACAGACAUUCCUGUACUAUUUAUUCAGUUAAAAAAUACAUUCUCUUUUCAAGAUGAGUUUUGCAUUUUGAAGUGUGUGUGUGUGUGUAUUACAGAGGUGGGAAACAGGUAGGAAGCUGUUGUUUACACAUUUAGAUGUUCUCUCAAGCACAGUAAAAGCUCUGUUCAGUUUCUUGAAACAAGACAGUACAAUUAGGGUUAGAGAGGAAAUAAGGGCCCAUGUGUCUGAACAAUGUGAAAUAGCCUCUAAAUAUUCCUUUCUGAAACCUUUGGUCAUAGCAAAUCAAGCCAACCCCAUAUUUGUUACGAUAUUAAGGUGAAGCAAGCAACGCCUCUCAGUGCUCUGCCUGUCUGUGCUCCUCCUUCUGAAGGCAUGGAAUCCCUUAUUCAUGCCUGGAAUUUGGCCAACAGGACUAAAACAAUGAAACAAUUUAGAGCAAGCCAGCCCGUGUAGAUUUUUGGCAAGGCGUUAAUUCUUUUUUCACGGGUAUUGAAUUUGUUUCAGAGCUAUAUUUUGCUUCAAAUGAUAUUUAAAGAAGAGAUUUUUGGAAUAACAUUUGAGACCUUUCACCUAAUAUCAGUGGCUGUGAAAGGACAGUUUAGUUUCACAGAUAGUUUUUGACUUUGCCCAUCCCAGAAGUGUAAAUUCUGCUCUGACCAGGCUAUCUGUUUUCAGCACCAGGGACAGCAACCAUAUCCUUCAUCUGAGCUCUACUCUGGUGAUUGGAUUUCCAGACAGGAAGGGACAGAUUUUUUUUCCAUCACACCCUACCCAUUGAACUUGGAAGAUUUUAGUCUUAAGUUUAUAUAUAUAUAUAUAUAUCAAUCGAGGCAUUACUUCUCUAGUUGGAGGUGUGAACCUGGGAGAGAGGAACCAAGAAAUGAGACGGACUAAAGUCUCAUGCAAUAGCCAACUUUAUUCAGAGCAUCAGACAGUUUAUAUUCUGAGGGUUAUGUCAGCCAUAAAUAAAGUUCACAUGGGUUUAGACUGUAUUCAGCCACAAGGACAAAUGGUGCUUGGAAACGUCUCUGAAUAACAAAAAUGAGAAGUGAUAUGCAAUCAGUCUGGGUCAAAUCUCUUCCUAUUUCCUACGCCUAGAAGGGGCACAAAAGCCCAUUCCAAGAACAAUCCUUGUCGUGGAGAAACACAGAGUUUACAAGAUCUUUGCUAUGUUUCCUUGGGGCUAUCUCCCAAGCUCUCAAAACCCUCCUCAGACAGCAUCAUUCAUGGACCAUGUUCUAACAUUAACAUCCAGGGAUAGCUUUUAUUUGUCCCUAAACCUGAGAUAGCUGUUUCUGUCAUGUUUCUGACCUGCUAACAAAGUAUCAACUGUCACAGCCAGGUUUCUCAGCACAGAGAUGGGAAAGACUGAGAUGCCGGUGAUGGGAAUACUUUGGGGCACGUAUCCCUUCCUUAUUAGGCACCCCAAACUCCUACAAGGAGUGCCACUCAUUGACAACCUCUUUUUAAAAACGUGAGCAUAGUGCUUACAAUAUACAAGGCCGUGGUUGAUAGGUGUGCACCCGGAAGCAGUAAUUCACAAUGGUGGAGCCGAAGUUAUGGCCUCUGAGGACAAAGAAGGGUCUAGCAAUACUGUCAUCAGGCAUUUUAGGAACUUGUGGAAAGAUGCUGCUUUGAAUCUUGGCAUCCAGUUUGUGUCCUUGAGGGCUGUUCCACAGCUGUUUUAGUCUUAGACAAUCGUGGUAAGGUGGGAAGUAGCUCCUCGUGGCUUUCCCCAAGCCUGUCCAAAGGGGACACUGGUGGCAUUGAGAGUAACAGAAGCACAUGUUGUCACAAUGCGUUGUGAUUGUCCAGUUUUCCUAUAGCACAAAAAACAUGCUUAGGUGUCACCACAGAAGCAGAGUGUCUUCUGCUGUUUACUUGGCAUCUUCCUUGGGGCCCCUCCACGAUGGUAACUGAAUCUCAGCUCCUUCCUCCUCCUUCAAAGGUGUUAUACAAAAUCCGUUUUAGCUGCCUCAGAAUUAUCUAAGGCCUGGUCAUGCUAUCAUUCUUUUUAGCCCCCCUCUCUCCUCUCUGUCUCUUAUACACACUUCUUAUCCUUUUGUUGUUACUGGUAACAAUUCAUAGCAUUUAAUGAUGAGAGACCAUGCAGAUUCCUUUUAAGGACAGAGGAAUAGUAGAAGCAGGCAAGAGUCAAGCCUCAGAGGAACAAGUUCAAGUGAACUCUGAUGAUUUUAACCUUGGGUUGGUCUGGGGAGGAACACAUCCCUCCUCAUUCCUUGCCUUCUUAAACAGGCUCAUUCACGCCCGCACUCGUCACAUAAAGGGGACCACAGGAUGCCUUUCAUGAAGACAGAGUGGGCAAUUAUUAGAAUCUGUUUAAACAGGAAAACUUUGUUUUCUAUAUUAAUCAAGGAAUGAUCAUUGUGCAGAAAAGACCAGCUAUAGGAAGGCUUCAUAAAAGAACAUUUUCUAUAAAACGACAAAAGAGCUCCAAACUCAUCAUUCAUGGCAUCCCUGACUCUCUGGCAGGCAGAAGGGUGGUCUGAGAUGAGCUAACGAACAGGCACCUUUGACGCCUCAGGAGGAACAGGCCAGAACUAAACCCCAGCAAAGUUCUUGUGCUUUUUCUGGAAAAAAAAUUCUUAAAAAUGUCAAGGGCACAUCUAGUUCUGCCUCUUCAGAGGCCUGCUCAGUGCUACUUCUGGGUUCUUAAGGCAAGUGCCCUGUAAACACCAAAGUCUUGUAUUUUCCACUCUCUGCCAGCCCUGGCUGCCCCGGGUGGAAUGUUUUUCCCUUCCUUCCAUGAAAGGGACCCUGUUUUCAGGAGAAGUGUCCUUUAUAAUCAUCCAGCUAAAACUGGAGGUAAUUUUUUGCAUGAAUGGCUUUUUACAGCUAGGUCUAAAGCAGAACAAAACUUGUAUUAAACUAAGUGCUACUUUACAUAUCUUAUUUCAAGGGAAAUGAAGGAUUUAUUGUCGUGUAAAUGAUAGACACCGAUUUCUUUCCUACUGGACAUUACAUGUCCCUUUACCUUUAGGCUGACGUUGUGCAGCCAACUUUCAGAAUCUGGAAAAUCAGCUGGCUCCUCCCACUUCAGCCCACUAGCAGGAGGACAUUGUGUUCCCAGCGAGGAAUUUUGCAGAUGAAGUUGGGGUGCUGAUGCAACUGAUUUUCAUCCCCCAUCCCUAGGCUUUCUGUACUAAAUAUCUGUAAAGUGAUUGUAUCUUGUCCGACCCCACGUGUUUGUGUGUAUUUCCCACUGUUUGUAAGACUAUAGUGGCAAUCUGAAGGGUUAUUUGUCUUUGUGGAAACUGCUGAACAAUGGAUGUGGCAUAGGGGACACAUGUGACGUAUGUACCCAACAGUUUUGGGGCCAAGCAAAUAUACUGGCUGAGUUUGGGAAGUGGGUUGAGCAGCAUGGCUUGACUUGGGGGAUGUUCAGCAAUGGGUAGAGUGUUGGCGAGUUAUCGUUAAUUGCUGAAGACCUUGAUGAAGCAAAGUUAAGAUGUACUCACCCAGGUCUUAGGUUGUUCAUGGAAAUCCCCACUGACCAGUCUUCAGCUUUUAUUUUUAGCAGAACUAUUCUUUCAUAAUGCUCACUCUCUUAUUCCACGGACUCUUGGGAAGUGCUGAUCGUUCUUGCUUCCCAUGACUGGAUUUCCAAGCUGUUAAUAUAGCAGACUAUGGUGUUAAGUGCUAGGAUAAAGUCAUAGUUCCCCUUCCUUGAGAAGUCAUUCCUUCCAUUGUUUUCCUUUCUCCCAGAUUAAUUCCAUUGUCUACGCUAACGUUAUUUAGAUGUGUGUAAGUAUUGGAGAAUCAAUCUCGUUACAAUGAUGACUGUGUUUGCCAUUGGAGAACAGGUUCACAGUCUUGAGUAAAGCUCUGCCAGGAACUUACCUUUUGUAAAACAGAGCAAAAUCAAAACGGAACAAAACCAAGAGUAACUUGAUAAGAUGGCAAGAUGGCCCCAGGGUAGAAAGAGGUGUUCUCAGUUGACACGAAGAGUUGUGUUGGAAAGGCAAGUAUUCAUCCUUCUAGCCCCGCCCUGCCUCCCUUCCUCCUCAACCUCAGAAGAAAACAGAAACUUAUUUUUUUAAACUGUAUUAAUAAUUUAUGUUUAAUACAAAAGGAUGAUUUAAUGGUAUCACCAAAGGUCAUUUCUCUCAUUGUGCAUGUCCUUCACUCUCAACCCCAUACACUCAUCCCAUUCUUCACCCCCACUUCCAUCCCAAGGCAAGUGUGUGUCUUCAUUAGAACCUAUGGGUGUUGGAGUUACAUGUGGGGUUAGAGAUUUAAUACCAGACACUAACAAAAACCAACCAUUCUUCACUUCCAAGUGACCAUUAUUACAAGGAAAACUCUUUUCCUGGUUUUUGUGCAAAAUCAUUUUAUACAUAUAUAUGUAUAUAUGUGUGUGUAUGUAUGGACAUAUGUAUGUAUAUGCACAUGUACAUGUAUAUAUGUAUAUAUCCAUCUCAAUAUAAAUAUAUCAUAUGUGAGAGUUGUAAAUA